CCAUGACCCCUUCUUCCUCUACCCAAGCAUCGUUGGUCGUAACCAGAAGUCUCAAUCUCGAUCUGCCGGCAACCCCAUUCCUCUUCUCCGUCUCCGAGCCAUUGCAACGACCCAGAGUCUACGCAAGUACCCUCUGACUGUAGCGGCCCCAGAAACUCCACAAGUACCCUGUGAUUGUAGUGGCCUCUUCCCCUUCUCCGUCUACGACAGACUUUCAGCGGCCCCAGUGAUUCUUCACUUAUUUGGGUGUUCGGUUGUAAUUAGUGGCGAUCCUGCGCAGAGACAUGAUUCCACAAUUUGUACUAAAGGGUGAGUCAUUUAUGAGUUAAGCAAUAUAGGUCAAUUCAAGAUUGAACCUAGCGAUUCUACCCCCCAUUCCAUUCAGAAUCCAAACUAUCGGGCCUAAGUUGAAAGUCACGAAAAGGGCUAGCGACUCCAUCGUCUCAAGCUGCACGAAGCAGACAACCAUCGUCCCUUUUGCUGCUCAAACCUGCAGGAUUGGGCGAAACUGUCUAUGAGACUACAACUCAAUAACAUAUGCUUCAAAGCAUGCUCUUUUUAGAGUUCAAGAGUUCAGAGUGAUUGAUGUGGACGAUGUGCUUUCCCUUCUUGUCCGACUUUCCGGGAUGAGCGGGAUCAGAGGUAUGCUAUUCAAACCCUGGAGACCUGUUCCCAUGCGGUCUAUGAACAGCCCUAGUGAAACCCUGAAGAGAACAGUAGCUGAAAAGGAGAAGUUGAGGAGGAAGAAAAGGGACCCUAAGAAGGAUGAAAUUUUUGUUGAAACUCCGGAAUCAAAGGCUUUUCUUGACACGAUGACCAUGCCGAUGGUUCUCACUGCUGUGGCUUGUGCGUUGUUCGCCAAAGUUCUCAUGAUGUAUGAUGAAUCAAAAUCCCAAGAAAGGAUUGAGCGAAAAAUACAGAAGGCUCCGCCUGGUCAAGGGACAGUUAGGAUGCUAAGUCGUGAAGAAUGGGAGGAAAUCCAAGAAGUGAGGCCAAGGACUCCUUUUGAAUCCAAGCUUGCUCGCCCAAAUGCACGCAUUAGAACUGAUGAGCGAUUGCAUAUGGAUGAUGUCAAGGACUGGACCAUCGAUGUGUUGACAGAUGCACUUACCAGGGUUGAAGAGACUGUGAGGGGUGCAAAGUGAGUUGAGUCGAUUGGCUUGCAGGAUGGCACUUUCAGAUGAAUGUUGAAAGCCUCAAAUAGUAUAAAAGACGUCCCAAGGCAUCUGACAUUUCAAAAAGUCCACAAUCCUUUUGCACUAUCUGAAAGAUUGUGAUUGUGAUGUGGGUGUGCCUGACCUGAUUGGGUCAUUUAUUAGAUAGGACCUCUUCAACUGAGGUUGGGAUGAGCUUCACUUUGAGCUUGUUCUUCGGGAAUAAAGUGUAUAUUUCCAUAUUCCAGUAUCUAUUGUCUUUUUUUUCUUUUGGUAUGAUUCCAGUAUCUAUUGUCCCUCUGUUAUGACUUGUGAGACAAUUUUAAUGUGAAAUUUCUGAAGUUUGUAGAUGUAGGUAGCAUCAACUUGAUGUAAAGAAAGAUUAACAAGAGUUAUUCUUGGCUGAGUCAGGAAUGUUUAUCUCAAAAGCCGCUGUGAUGGAUCUCGACUGGGUUCACCAGAUUUUUUUUUUCUUUUUCCUUUUCCCUGUGAUGGUAUGUAACUCUGCAACUGCUUUUGUAUUUGGCUUCCCAUAUAAAAUAUGAGCUAUGUGAUCAUUGCCAUUCUUA